AUGGAUAAUAAGCAUAUUAUUAAUACAACUGAAAAAGAUGUUGUACCCCAUGCAACAAUAAAUUAUGAAAAUAGUGUAGAACAUUUGGAAGAAGUUUCAAAGAAUUUUUACAAAGUAUAUUUUUGUGACAAAUCAAAUGAUUCUAAAGAUGCUACCAGUAUAGUUUCUCCUACAACUGCAUUGCCAAUAAAAUUAUGUGAAAAUAAUACUACCAAAUCCUACAAAAAUAAAAAUAUUGCUCGUGCAAGUCCACUGCUGUUAAAACGUACAUUAAAAAAAAAUCCAUAUUUUCACAAUAGGGAAAAAUCUUCUAGAAAAAGUUGCAUUAAAAAUGUACAGUUAGAUAAAAAUAUAUCUGAUUCUGCUGGUUUAUCAGAUUCUGAAAGUUUAUCAGAUUCCAUAAUUUUAUCAGAUUCUGAAAUUAUAGUACGUAAUACUAAUAGUUUAUUAGAUUCUGAAAUAUUUUCUGAAACUGAUAGUGUAGAAAUAUUUCCAGUUUGUAAAAUUAAAGAAACAGACUUUUUAAUGAUUGGGUCAGAUGAUGAUUUGAGUUUAGAUUCAAAUUGUGAAUUUAAAAUAAACCCAGAUCGUGAAAUAAAAAUGAGUUGUAAAUUUGUAUCUGAUAGUGAGAAAUCACUAGAUGGUAAAAUUAUAUUGAAUAGUGUGAAAGAGUCAAAUUGUAAAAUGGUGCCUGAUGCUGAAACUAAAUCAGAUAGUAAUGAGCAAUCCCAUAUAAAUACCUCUAUUACUGAAGAGGAAUUCAAUAAUAACAAAUUAUCUACAUUCAAAAUUGUAUCCAAUGUUCAAAAUAGAUCAGAUCAUGAAAUAUUAUUGGAUAGUGAUAAAGUCUUAGAAACUGCAUCUUGGAGUGAGAAAGGAAUGAUAAAUUAUAAAAUUAUGUCUGUUGAUGAAAUUAAACCUUCGGGAUAUAAGGGAUUCACAUGUAUAAUUAUAUCUGAUAAUGACGAUGAAUUCCAUAAUAUAAAAUUGCAUACCUAUCAAAUUAAUGUUCAGAGAGGAUCCAACAGUAAAAUAAUAUUGGAUGGCGAAAAUGUCAACAUUGAGACUGAGAAUAGAGAGGUAAACUAUGAAAUUGGACCUUUUGAAAAUAAGAAAUCUAACAAAUGUAUAAUUAUAUUCGAUGACGAAAAUGAUUUUAUUAAUAACAACUUAUCUACCUUCAAAAUUGUUUCCAAUGUUAAAAAAGAAUCUGAUUGUGAAAUGAUGUUAGACGGUCAUAAAGUUUAUGAAAUUGACUCUGAGAGUCAGAAUGAAAAAAUCAAGUAUAUAAUUUUAUCAAAAUAUGAAAUUAAAUCUUCUGCUCAGCCCAGAUCCUCGAUUAUGUUAUCCAAUAACGAAAGCAAAUUCAAUAAUAAAAAAUCUACAUUAAAAAUUUUAGUAAAAAAUGUUCAAAAAGGAUCACAGAAUGAAGAGAUACAGAAUUAUGAAAAAGUUUCAGAUGUUAAGUUUACGUCAAACGGUAAAAUUAUACUUUCUGAUUCACUGGGUUUAAAAACCUUAGAUAAUAAUAAUACCAUUAAUAAUGAUUCACAAUUACAAAUCAGACAUUCAUUAAAUUCAUUUCCUUGUUUAGAACUGACUGUUAAUCAAGAUGGUGAUGCUAAACAAGAUACAAAUCAAGAAGAUUUAAAAAAAAUUUACUCUGCAAUAAAAUAUUAUUUUGAAAAUAUAGAAAAUCAAUCACUAAAGGGAUUAUAUUCCCAGAUAGGCAAUGAUGAAGACAUGCUUCUGUAUCUGUUGGAAAAUUAUAGAAUGUUUUACAACGAGGAACUGGUUGUUUCUAAAACGGCCGAUAAAUUUUCUAAAGAUUAUUUAAAAGAACAAAAAACAGCUUUAUUCAAUUGUUUUGGUGACCCUAAAGACAGUAUUAAUGCCUCAAAACCAUUUAUACAUCCAUCAUCGCAUCUACACCAGUACAGUAAACGUUCAUCUCCUUAUAUUGAACCACUUGUAAUCAAAGACAUCACAAAUACUACUAGUGCAUCAACCAGGAGUAUUACAAGUGCUUCACCAAAAAAAAUUGUUGCCUUAAACAGUGUAAAAAGUAAAUUUAACAUCAGAACUUCAAAAUUAUUACCUUUAUGUAGUUCAGUAAAAUCAAGACCUAUUCUUUACUUGUCAGAUGAUAAUCAAACAUUUUCACAUUUAUUUGUAACUAAAUCAUAUAAUUUUCAAUUGCCAAUAGCGGUUAAAAAGAAAACAGACAACAAAAGUAAAGUUUUAUCACCCCAAACACUUAAACUAAAGAAGUAA